GCUAGUUUAGAGUGCAAUAUUUAUUGAUUAGGACCAUUUGCCAACCUCUGACCUUAUCCUGACGCUUGGAGCACACCAGUACUCCAAUGGCCGAGCAACAAGUAAUUCUGUUGCCUCUUUUGUCACUCCCUCUUCUUCUCCUCUUCUCUCUUGUCUUUCUGUUCAGACUCCGGAGAUGUUCGAUCAAGUUGCCACCGUCUCCUCUGGGGAUUCCAAUCAUCGGCAAUUUUCACCAACUUGGUGCACUCCCCCACCGCUCUCUCAAGGCCCUGUCUCAGAAGUAUGGGCCACUCAUGCUAUUGCAUUUGGGCAGUGUCCCGGUGCUGGUCGUUUCCUCUGCAGACAUAUCUAUGGAGAUCACUAAGACCCAAGAUAUUAACUUUGCAAAUAGGCCUGUUACAACUGCUGCACAGACGCUUCUCUAUGGCUGCACCGACGUGGGGUUUUCACCCUAUGGUGAGUACUGGAGACAGGUGAGGAAGAUAUCUGUCCUCCAACUCCUCAGCGCCAACAGAGUGCAGUCAUUCAGAUUUACAAGGGAAGAAGAGGUUGCUCUUUUGAUCAAGAAGAUAUCCCACUCCUGCCAAUUACGUAGCUCAGUUAAUCUAAGCGAGCUACUUCCCAAUCUAUCCCAUAACUUGAUUUCUAGAGCUGCUUUCAGUAGCAAGUUUGAAGUAGAGGAUGAUGAUAGCAGACGGAUUGGGCAUUUGACGAUGGAGGUUUUUUCACUCCUGGGAGUGUUUAGUUUUCGGGAUUUCUUCCCUUACUUAGGAUGGAUUGAUACAGUCACUGGAUUGGAUGGGAGGCUAAAGAGGACGUCUCAAGAGUUGGAUAAGCUCCUGGAUCAAGUGAUCCAACAUCAUCUAGUUAGUACUACGCAAAGAAGCAAGGGCGGCCAGAGGGAUGGGGAAGACUUUCUGGAUAUUUUGCUCCAAGCUCAGAAGGAUACGACUCUCGAUAUCCCCAUCACUCGAGACAACAUCAAAGCUAUCAUUUUGGACAUGUUUAUUGGUGGAAGUUAUACGACGGCCAUUACUGUAGAAUGGACCAUGGCGGAGCUUGUCAGGCAUCCCAUAGUAAUGAGAAAAGUCCAAGAGGAAGUAAGAUCUGUUGUGGGUAAAAAAUCCAAGGUUGAAGAAGAUGAUAUUCGGCAAAUGGCUUAUUUAAAAGCAGUUAUCAAAGAAAUUCUAAGAUUACAUCCUCCUGCUCCCUUGUUGGUUCCGAGAGAGUCCAUUAGAGCUACCAAUGUCAAUGAUUACCAUAUCCCAGCUAAAACAAGAGUCUUCAUUAAUGUUUGGGCAAUCCAAAGAGACCCCAAACUGUGGGAGAACCCAGAAGAGUUCAUUCCAGAGAGAUUUAUAAACAACCCAGUUGAUUUUCAGGGCCGGGACUUUCACUUCCUUCCUUUCGGUGCGGGGAGACGUGGUUGUCCUGGAAUACAGUUUGGUUUGGCAUCGACUGAGCUAAUUCUUGCCAACCUCUUAUAUUGGUUUGAUUGGGAGUUACCUGGCAAUUUAAAAUUGGAGGAGCUAGACAUUGAUGAAGAUUUUGGAAUCACAGUUCACAAAAAGACUCCUCUUCAUCUUGCUCCCCAGUUCCACUUCUCUGAGUAAAAUUAAUGACAAUACCCACGUACGAUAUAUGAAUGAAUUCCUUUCGAUAUCCAACUCUUUCCUUUCUAUGUAAAAGUUGAUGUUCCUCCAUUUAAUGGUGGAGCCAAUACAAUGGCACAUCCUAUGAGUCAUAGGAUCAAUUUAGCUAUAAUUUGGUAUUUCUAUAUAUGUUUUGUGUUUUGUAUUUGUUUGAUAUCUAUGCAUUCCGUUAUAUUAAUUGUAAUAUAAUUUUUCAUGUAUAGCAUAAUAUCUUAAGUAUUUAUGCAUUA